AUGGUUGACAAGAAUAUUCACACGGAACAAUGGUACCACGGACUGCUGCCGCGCGAGGAUAUCAGGGUUCGUCCGCGCGAUUCUCAAUGAGCAUCUCCAAACAAGUUUAGCGUUUUUGCAGGCAAUGCUUAAAAAUAACGGUGAUUUCCUGUUGCGCAGUACGGAGCCGAAGGCGGGCGAGCCGCGACAGUACGUGCUCUCGGCGAUGCAGAAUCAGGAGGCCGACGACGCCGGGGUUAACAUUUUUCACACUUUUCUCGUGUUCUCCAGACGAUUUCCUUCCGUCAUUUUGAGCGCUCGUGGAGGGUUCCCGCGCAACUUUGAAAAAUUAUAACUAAUUUCAAGCAAAGCGCGCAGAGCCCCACGAGCGCUCAAAAUGACGGAAAUCGUUUGGAGAACACAGGAAAACAAUAAAACUACAAAGAUGUUCAGGUGAAACACUACGUGCUGCGCGUCAACGCGAACAACCAGAUAUUUUUGGAAGCGAAGGGCUUCGAGACGAUUUCGGCGCUCGUGCAGUACUACAUGCUCACGAAAGAGCCAAUCAAGAAGAUGACGGUGCUGAAGACGCCCGUCUUGAAGCAGGAUUGGGAAGUGGAGCACUCGCAGGUCGAGCUGACCAAGAAAUUGGGCGAGGGCGCGUUCGGAGAGGUCUGGAAGGGCAAGAUUACGCUCAAGAACGGCAAGGUCGAGGAUUGCGCCGUCAAAUCGGUACGUGCCAUGCUUUUCUGGGAAUUGGCCGUGAUCGCUGGGAACGCAUUCCGUUUCAUUCUCAGAGCAAUGCGCCUGCGGGAAUGCGUAGCGUACAAUUCCUCAAAAAUAGAAUUAUUAGGCGAAACUGGAGUCGCUGAACAAGGAGCAAAUCAAGGAAAUUAUGCGCGAGGCACGUCUCAUGAGACAUUUGGAAGUGAGUUUGUUCUCAAGUAACGUUUCGGAGAAAACACUUCUUGCAGCACCCAAACGUGGUCAAAUUCUAUGGAGUGGGAGCCGGACAGGAACCGCUUUACGUGAUCAUGGAACUGGUGAGAUAUUGUCGCGUUUUGUAUCUCCAAACAAAUUCUGUUGUUCUGGGCGCUCGACGGGUUCUCUGGUUUCUCUCUAGAGCUGACAAUGGGCGCGCAAGUGCGCCCUGCCCAAUAGAGCGAUACAUUGGCGCGAAAUUCGAAUUUUAACAGCAAAAGUUGUGUUUUUUGCCAGAUUAGCCAUGAAAAACCGAUAGUUUCUCAUUUGUCGCUCGAUAGACAGAUUGUAUAGGCUAUUACGAAUUUUUUAAGCGCAAGAGCGUUAAAUUUGGUCAAUUCGCAAAUCACAUUUAUCCGUUUGAAGGUUUUUGGCUAAAACUGAGUGAAUUUCAGUUGCUUUUCGGUAAUUUUCGCGGUUCGAGCGCUCAAAAUGCUUGUAUUUACGUGAUUUAUCAUUCUCGAAAGCAAUUCUGUCGGAAAACGGUCAAGAAAGCGCAAAAUGAGAAGUGCGCUUUGUAGGCGGCGAUCGGCGCCAAAGGCGAAAAAGCAAAAGUCCGCGAAAAAUGCGCCAAAACGUCAUUACUACUGAGAAUUAGUGUGUUUUCAUGCCGAACAAUCACUUUUCAUCGCCUUUGACCACAAAAAUCAGAGAAAACGUGCUCAAUUCAUGAAAACGCCAUUUGGCCGCCGAGGCCACGCCCAUAUUGUCAGCUCUGGAGACCGACAGAUCGGCCGAUCAAUUUCUCUUUCUUUUUUUGAGGCGGACUGCGGCGCACUGGACUCGUACCUGCAGAAGAACCAGAAUCUGACGCCGCCGAAAAAGAUGGAGAUGAUCUACCAGGCGGCGUGCGGCAUCUGCUACAUGCACGAAAAGAAGCUGCUGCAUCGGGACAUCGCCGCGCGGAACUGUCUUUACGGCGGCGGGCAGGUCAAGAUCGCCGACUUUGGGCUGUCGCGCGAGGGCACUUUCUACCAGAUGGACAUGUCCAAGAAGGUGCCCAUCCGAUGGCUCGCUCCGGAGACUCUUUGCAGUGGCGUCUACACUCCCAAGACUGACGUCUUUGCUUUUGGUGCGGUUUGGAAAUGACCUCGAAUUUUUCUGAUUCUUACAGGAAUCAUGGCCUGGGAGAUUACUGAAAACGGCAAAGAACCGUACCCGGACAUGCGGGUGGCCGAAGUCGUCGGACAAGUUCGGAUAAUGGCCAUUUGAGAAGAUUUUCAGAAAAUAAUAAAUUUUUAGGUCAAAAGCGGUUAUCGCAUGCGAUUCGAUCCGGUUCUCGUCGAUAUGCGCUUUGCCGACUAUGUGCUGGUGAGUAUGUUUGAAAACACUUUUUUUUUCCAACAUUCUCCAGACGAUUUCUGUUAAUUUGAGCGCUCAUAAUGACGGAAAUCGUGUGGAGAAAACGGGAAAACGUUGCAUUUUUUUUCUACAGAAGGCGUGUUGGGCAGAGUCGCCCGGAGACCGCGUCUACAUGCCCGAAAUUCUUCGUUUCAUGCAGACGACGUUCCAAUUCAAGCCCGUCAUUCUGGCGUGUCCGAUUAAAGAAGCGCAAGAGGCGAAGACGCUUUCGAAGAAGCAAAAGGACGGGAAGAGGGAGAAGAAGGCGAAGGGAAAGGGCGACAAACGCGGAGAGCCGGCCGCUUUCGACAAGGAGAAGAACCUCCAGCAGACGCAGCCAGUCAGUCUCUUUCUCUUGUCAUUCUCCAUUCUUUAUCUAUGCUAAUUUGAGCGAGUUUUUGUGGGGUGACAAAAAGGCAUUGCAAAGGUAAUUUUUCAGAUGUCGAUGAAGCCCGAGGAAUAG